AUGGCCGGUGGCGGGCGGCCGGGCUAUCGCUCGCCCCCUGGAAACGAUGGUAACCUUGUACAGGUCGAAGACACGGCCUCCGUAUACAACAGCGGCCAGCGCCCUCCAGUGACUGACGAUCGCCUCUUACAACAAUUCGACAUUCAAGAUUCUGAUGCUUCCCAACCAAGGCCAUCGGUGUCAUACGAUGCGUUUGUUGGAGGCCGACAGCCAACGCAGACUACAGGAUCGCGCUCUGGAGCUGGGACAGGCCACUUUUCUGGGGCAGGUGAAGCAUACCAACCGUAUUCACAGACUUCAGAUUUACACAACUACCAGCGAUAUUCAGAUGACUUGAACGAUUUUGAUGAUACGCGAUCAGCGCAGGGUUACUAUAAUGAUCAAAAUGACAUGGACGGUGCGAUUCCUGUGAGAGAUGCUCGGGCGCGGGAUCGGAACAGCAUAUUGAGCCUAGGCGGCGGAUUGGUGGGGAGAGCAAAAAAUAUGCUUGGGAUGAAAUCGCCGUACUCGGAAAUGGACUUGCCGUUGACUGAAACGGGUGCUAGAUCGGCCGGGGUAGACACCGUUGGGGGGGCAGACGAUGAUGGAGGAAGUUCAUCAAGACUCAAGGAGAAAAAAUUUAGCGCUAGUGAUUUCAAAUUUGGGUUUGGAAGGCGCAAGAUCGAUCCGUCGACGUUGGGCCCUCGAAUCAUCCUAUUCAACAAUUCUCCGGCGAAUGCGGCAAAUAAAUAUGUGGACAAUCAUAUAUCAACUGCCAAGUACAAUGUGUUUACCUUCGUGCCGAAAUUCCUAUUUGAGCAAUUCUCCAAAUAUGCGAACUUGUUCUUCUUGUUCACUGCCGCCCUCCAGCAAAUCCCUAAUAUCUCCCCGACUAAUCGAUAUACCACCAUCGCCCCUCUCGCUGUUGUGCUCCUAGUGUCAGCUAUAAAGGAACUGGUUGAAGAUUGGAAACGGAAGACUUCUGAUAAAUCCCUUAAUUACUCGAGGGCACAGGUUCUCAAAGGCUCCACUUUUGAAGAUACGAAAUGGAUAAAUGUAGCAGUGGGCGAUAUCGUCAAAGUUGAAUCAGAGCAGCCUUUCCCCGCAGACCUGGUUCUCCUUGCAAGUUCCGAACCAGAGGGCCUUUGUUACAUUGAAACUGCGAACUUGGACGGCGAAACGAACCUCAAAAUAAAACAAGCCAUACCAGAAACGGCUGAUCUUGUUAGUCCCAGUCAGCUCGGUAGGCUCACUGGGAGAAUCAAAUCCGAACAACCCAACUCCAGCCUUUAUACCUAUGAAGCUACAUUGACGUUGCAAGCUGGGGGUGGAGAAAAGGAGUUGGCCCUCAACCCUGAUCAACUCCUCCUCCGAGGCGCUACUUUGCGUAAUACCCCUUGGAUCCAUGGCCUUGUCGUUUUUACUGGCCAUGAAACGAAGUUGAUGAGGAACGCAACCGCAACGCCAAUCAAGAGAACUGCCGUCGAACGCAUGGUUAACCUGCAAAUUCUUAUGCUUGUCGGAAUUUUGCUUAUCCUUAGCUUGAUCAGUUCGAUCGGACACUUGGUUGUUCGGGUGAAAUCUGCGGACGAGCUCAUCUACCUAUACAUCGGGAAUGUUAAUGCGGCUCAACAAUUCUUCUCUGAUAUUUUUACCUACUGGGUCCUCUACUCUAACCUCGUUCCUAUAUCUCUAUUCGUGACUAUAGAAAUAGUCAAGUAUUAUCAUGCUUUCCUCAUAAAUUCUGACCUAGAUAUUUACUACGACAAAACCGACACAUCUGCCACCUGCCGUACCUCUUCCUUGGUCGAAGAGUUAGGCCAAAUUGAAUACAUCUUCUCUGACAAAACAGGCACGUUGACAUGCAACAUGAUGGAGUUUAAGCAAUGUUCUAUCGGCGGGCUUCAGUAUGCCGAAGUUGUAUCCGAGGACAGAAGAGUGGUGGAUGGCGAUGACUCAGAAAUGGGAAUGUAUGACUUUAAUCAACUUGUUGAGCAUUUGAACUCGCAUCCCACCCGGACAGCAAUCCACCACUUUCUUUGUCUACUAGCUACGUGCCACACCGUCAUUCCAGAGAGAAAGGCGGAAAAGCCAGAUGUUAUCAAAUACCAGGCUGCGUCUCCCGAUGAAGGCGCACUAGUCGAGGGUGCAGUUAUGAUGGGCUACCGAUUCACGAACCGGCGGCCGAAGUCUGUUAUCAUCUCUGCGAACGGUCAAGAGCAAGAAUUCGAAUUACUUGCGGUUUGCGAAUUUAACUCAACGAGAAAACGCAUGUCUACCAUUUUCAGAUGCCCCGAUGGCAAAAUCAGGAUUUACUGCAAGGGUGCUGAUACUGUGAUUUUGGAACGUUUGCACGCGGAUAAUCCUACCGUCGAUGUUACCCUUCAGCAUCUCGAAGAAUACGCAUCCGACGGUCUCCGGACUCUGUGUCUCGCGAUGAGAGAAGUACCUGAGGAGGAAUUCUCCCAGUGGUACCAAAUCUACGAUAAAGCAGCGACAACAGUCACUGGUAAUCGAGCCGAGGAGCUUGACAAAGCGGCUGAGAUCAUCGAGAAAGACUUUUUCCUUCUUGGGGCAACGGCUAUCGAAGAUAAGCUGCAAGAUGGCGUUCCAGAUACAAUCCAUACCUUGCAAACAGCGGGCAUCAAAGUUUGGGUUUUGACUGGCGACAGACAAGAAACUGCUAUCAACAUUGGCAUGAGUUGCAAAUUGAUCUCAGAGGACAUGGCUUUAUUGAUUGUAAACGAGGAGUCGGCGCUGGCUACAAAAGAAAACUUGUCCAAAAAGCUGCAGCAGGUUCAAAGCCAAGCCGGUUCUCCGGACAGCGAGACAUUGGCACUUAUCAUUGACGGUAAAUCUCUAACGUACGCUCUUGAAAAGGAUAUGGAGAAGAUCUUUCUGGACUUGGCUGUUAUGUGCAAAGCUGUCAUUUGUUGUCGUGUAUCUCCCCUUCAAAAGGCUCUUGUCGUUAAGCUUGUCAAACGGCAUCUCAAAGCAUUGCUUCUUGCGAUUGGCGACGGCGCAAACGAUGUUUCCAUGAUCCAGGCCGCCCAUGUGGGUGUCGGCAUUAGUGGUGUUGAAGGUCUUCAGGCAGCCCGCAGCGCCGAUGUCGCAAUCGCCCAGUUCCGCUUUCUUCGGAAGUUGCUUCUUGUUCACGGCGCUUGGAGUUAUCAACGUAUCAGCAAAGUUAUUCUCUAUUCAUUCUAUAAAAAUAUUGCAUUGUACAUGACUCAAUUUUGGUACUCUUUUCAAAAUUCUUUUUCUGGUCAGGUUAUUUACGAAUCUUGGACUCUGUCAUUUUAUAACGUUUUUUUCACAGUCAUGCCCCCGUUCGCCAUGGGCAUUUUUGACCAAUUCAUUUCCGCACGUCUUCUGGACAGAUACCCACAACUUUACCAGUUAGGCCAGAAAGGGGUAUUUUUCAAAAUGCACAGUUUCUGGUCCUGGAUUGGCAAUGGUUUCUACCACUCUCUCAUUGCCUACUUCCUCUCUCAAGCAAUCUUCCUUUGGGAUCUCCCUCUGGCGAACGGCAAAUUAGCUGGCCACUGGUUCUGGGGAACGGCACUCUAUACCGCCGUUCUCGCCACGGUUCUUGGAAAAGCUGCCCUAGUCACCAACAUCUGGACCAAAUACACCUUCAUUGCCAUUCCCGGCUCGAUGAUAAUCUGGAUGGGAUUCUUGCCGGUUUACGGUUUCUCCGCGCCCAGAAUUGGCGCCGGAUUUUCGACAGAAUACGAAGGAAUCAUCCCCAACCUCUUCCAGUCACUUGUCUUCUGGCUCAUGGCCAUUGUGCUACCAGUCGUAUGUCUCGUGCGUGAUUUUGCCUGGAAGUACAUCAAGCGCAUGUAUUUCCCGCAAGCGUACCAUCAUGUGCAGGAGAUACAGAAAUACAACGUGCAAGACUACAGACCUCGGAUGGAGCAAUUCCAGAAAGCGAUUCGCAAAGUUAGACAAGUGCAGCGCAAUCGAAAACAGAGAGGCUACGCAUUUAGUCAGGCGGAUGAGGGCGGACAAAUGAGAGUUGUUAAUGCUUACGAUACUACUAGAUCUAGAGGGAGGUAUGGGGAAAUGGCGAGUUCCAGGCCUCUUGAUAUUUGA